GGAUUCCUGUAGAGGGGGUGGGAUUGUACCUCCCAGUCCGAGGCUUUCUUGUUACCGGCAUUCCGCUCUGGGUUGCGGCUAUCGAGCUUGUUGAAGUUUUCCAGUCUAAUUAACGUGUUACACGUUGUGGGUGUCUUGGUAUAGUUAUCUUUCCUCACAAAACCAGAUUACACAUUCUUCUGUACACCUACUCCGUAGUGGAACUGCAAGAGGCCCGGCGCUUCCAUCAUGGCUGACAACGAUAAACUGGAUAACCAGCGCUUGAAGAAUUUCAAGAACAAAGGACGAGAUUUGGAGAGCAUGAGAAGACAGAGAAAUGAAGUUGUGGUGGAACUGAGAAAGAAUAAAAGAGAUGAGCAUUUGUUAAAAAGAAGAAAUGUCCCACAUGAAGAUAUAUGUGAAGAUUCUGAUGUUGAUGCAGAUUUCAGAGUGCAAAAUACGUCUUUGGAAGCUAUUGUUCAGAAUGCAUCUAGUGAUCACCAGGGUAUUCAACUAAGUGCUGUUCAGGCUGCAAGGAAGGGAGAAGCCAGGGACCCCUUUUCCCCGUCUCCUGUCUUUAUUAAGAUGUUUCCUGUUGAUGACGCCAAUAAAGAUUCAUGGAGCACGGUGCUACAAGUAGGAUUCAUCUCUACUCUGGCUAUGAGAAACAAUUUCCAUGUAGAGGAUAGCUGCUCCUUUCAGGACAAAGCUGGCGGCUUAUUUGAAGAACGUUUGUGGCACAGCUUGGAUGUUGCGCCUGCUCUCAGACUCUACCUACUGGCUACUAAGGAUUUUCGCCAGUCUUCUGCCAUGUUUGUUAGUUUCUCUGGACAGCGUCUAGAUGCUGUGCCACUUUUCUUGAGGUUAUUGCAUUCUCCUCACCAAAAUGUUUGCGAACAGGCUGUAUGGGCAUUGGGUAAUAUUAUUGGUGAUGGUCCCCAAUGCAGAGACUAUGUGAUCAGCCUUGGAGUGGUAAAGCCUCUUCUUUCUUUCAUCAAUCCAUCAAUCCCUAUUACCUUCUUGAGAAAUGUCACGUGGGUAAUGGUUAAUUUGUGUCGCCAUAAAGACCCUCCACCACCUAUGGAGACUAUUCAAGAGAUUCUUCCUGCACUUUGCGUUCUUAUACACCAUACAGAUGUAAAUAUAUUGGUGGACACGGUUUGGGCCCUUUCUUAUUUAACAGAUGCUGGCAAUGAACAAAUUCAGAUGGUCAUCGACUCUGGAAUAGUGACCAACUUGGUGCCUCUGCUAAGCAACCCAGAAGUAAAAGUGCAGACUGCUGCUUUGAGAGCUGUAGGCAACAUCGUUACUGGAACUGAUGAACAGACCCAAGUUGUCCUGAAUUGUGAUGCUCUGUUACAUUUUCCAGCAUUACUUACGCACACCAAGGAAAAAAUUAACAAGGAAGCUGUGUGGUUCUUAUCUAAUAUUACAGCGGGCAAUCAGCAGCAAGUCCAAGAAGUGAUAGAUGCUAAUUUAGUGCCAAUGAUCAUACAUCUUUUGGAUAAGGGCGACUUUGGAACACAGAAAGAAGCUGCAUGGGCUAUAAGCAAUCUUACAAUUAGUGGGAGGAAAGAACAAGUUGCAUACCUUAUUCAGCAGAAUGUAAUCCCUCCUUUCUGUAACCUGCUAACUGUAAAAGAUUCCCAGGUCAUACAAGUGGUGCUGGAUGGAUUAAGCAACAUACUAAAAAUGGCUGAUGAUGAGGCUGAAACAAUAGCCAAUCUUAUAGAAGAGUGUGGAGGUCUUGAAAAAAUUGAACAGCUUCAAAGUCAUGAAAAUGAAGAUAUCUACAAACUGGCUUUUGAAAUCAUUGAUCAAUUUUUCUCAUCAGAUGAUAUUGAUGAAGACUCUAACCUUGUUCCUGAAGCAAUACAGAGUGGAACAUUUGCUUUCAAUUCAUCUGCCAAUGUACCAACUGAAGGUUUCCAGUUUUAGGAAGAAUGGUUGGAAGUUAGGUACAGUGCAGCACUGAAAACUGGUUUGAUCCAUCAAGCUUGGCUCAUGGGAUCUGCUGCUGCAUUAAAUCGGAGAAAGGAAUGUUGGAACUUCAUUUGGAUGGCCGUACAGACCAAAUGAAGUCGAGAUGGCGAGUGGGUGCGAGUGAGAAUGAGUGGCAAUUGUAAUGAAAACUUCACACUGAAUGCUUAUACAGGUUGUGCAGAGGAAAAGGGCUACAGGUCAAAGAUCUUCAGUACCUGAGAGGGAACAUUGACCUAAAGAGCCAAUGUGGAGAAUGCAGUACUAUCUUCAUCAAGCCUUGUAAGCAUUAAAGAAACAUGGGUCGGAUGCCCACAUAAGUCCAAGGAGAAUAAGCCCAGGCCUUGCUAAGAAGCUCCGUAUGAAUGGACGACCGCGAAUGAAUGUCUGGACACACAUUUGUGGAGCCAGGCUCAUUUUAUCAAUAGUGAGGCUAUUCACUCAUGAAGCAGACUCCCAGUCCUGGAGUGGCGUGUGUACGAGAGUAUGGUUGUGGUGCUGUAUGUGAAUGCAUGCAAGCUUGAUUCGCAUUCAGGGGGUUGAUACUAAACCUAGAAAAAUCACAAAUUCAAAGUGUUACCUUACACUGGACGUGGAAACAAAGACCGGUUUGGCAGCAGAUUUUGGUUUACUCCUGCAGCCUGUGUGCUUUCUUUUACUUUACUUUUGUUUAAUUUUAAAUUCUAAUUUACUUGUAUUGCUUUUUUUCCUUCUCAGUUGCUUGUAAAAUGAGGAAACUUAAGAAGGCAACCCUGUGCAUUUGCACCAGACGAGUGUAUGUUAGGCAAAAUGUUCCAUAUCAUCAAAGCAGAUUUGUGUAUAAAUUCUGCAUGGAAACCAGAAUUGUCCCUAAAUAUAGAGUACCCUGCAGUACUAGUUACCAUAUAUAAAAAAGGUAGUAAUCUUAUGAAGUGGUUAAAAACAAGCCAUUCUUUCAUUUUCAAAGAUAACUUGAAUAUAUUUGCAUGUGUAAUCCACAGCAUAGUUUAAUUUUAGAUACAUUUUGUUGAGUCCUGUACAGAUGUUUCAGUUGUGGUAGAAGCUGUGCUGUGUUUCAAUCCUAUGUUUUCAAACUUUGUUUUCUAUGAAAAUGAUAUGGAAACUUCUAAAAUGAAAUUUGGUGCAUAUGUACUGCUUCAUUAAGAUUGUUAGGAGAUGUACAGACUUGAUUCAUGGUUUCAACAUCUUAAAUAUGCCUAAAGAGUUCAAUAGUUUUAGAUUAUUUUUUUUAGAUUUUUUUUUAUCUUAGAUGUGGGCCGCCAUGAACUAUCUAUUUUGAGCCACUUUAGGGAGGUAACAUUUUUUUAAAACUUGCAUUCGUUGUAUGCAAGUGUCUUUUUAAUUGGAAGAAUGCCUCUGUGUGAGGUAAUGUACACUAAAUUAAAGGCGACUAAUUUAUAUAAACACAAACUCUUUAUAAGGUGGCUCAUUGUAGGAAAUGCUGUGCCUUCCCCUUGAGCACAAGUGUUGCAUGAACAAUUUGCUAUUAUAAAACACACAUUAGCCACCAUUAGCAUCAAUAUCUACUUUGUGUUUAAAGUUAACUGGUAAUUCUGAAACACUGUAGAAUGGAUAAAGAUUAUUUUGUGAUCAUAAUUCUUUGUUGAAUUAGAGUAUUUUUGCAGCAUUCCUUGUCAUCUGAAACAUGGUUAAAAUUUAAACUAGAGCAGCAGAAAACUAGCUUGUAAAUUUAUUACUGUAGAAAGCAAGCUAGGCUGUAAUGGGGAAAUAAAGAGUAAACCUUAAACUA